UGGGUAACAAUCAUGCACAAAAUUUGAUUGUAAACAAAGACUGUGUGCCCUCUAUUGAGUGAAAAAACUACUUUUAACCCAAUAUUGUUUUGUUGACAUUUUAUAGUAAAUUGUAUUAACCUGAGAUUAAUUAUGUAAAUUUUAGAUGUUUAUUUAAUAUUAAAUUGUCAAGAGUGUUUGCCCAUCUUAACUUGAUUAUAAUGAAUUAUUAGUCUAAUUAUUGAAAGUGAAUCUAAGCCUGGCUUCCAAGGAGGAAUGUUUUUUUAAAAAUUGAAACAAUGGCUAUUGUGAUAAACAAUGCAUCUCAAAGACCAUUUUUAGACCAUGGAAGAUGUAGAUAUGAUGGAAGUUGAUGAAGAUCAUUUAGAUCAUUCGAAGGCCGUUAAACGACUACCAAAUGGUCAGUUAAUCUCAAAUAAACGAGCAAAUGAGGCCGUUGAUUGUGUUCAUGGUCCAAGAAAGAAAAUCCGUGCUAAAAGGUUGAUCAAACGAUCUGGUGGAAAGUUUAUCAUCGUUCUGGAUACAAAUAUUCUCAUUAACCAUCUAUCUGAUCUCAAGACUUUUCUAUCAAAUACUCAUCUUGUGGAAAGUUGUUCACUUAUCAUUCCUCUUAUUGUCAUCCAGGAGUUGGAUUGUUUAAAGAAGACCAACCAGUCAUUUGUUCAAAAUUUCAAAUUUAUCAAUGAACAAUUACGUGCUGGAAAGGCUUUAUUUAGCGAUAAAAUUUGGUUAAAAAAGUAUCCACCUGAUAAAGUGGAAGCAGCUCUAGCCAGAAUAGAUGUGACUGAAAUUAACAAUGAUGACAGAGUAUUAAAAGCCUCACUUUUGAUUAACGAGAUUUCUGCCAAAUCUGAUAAUACUGUAAUUUUGGUGACAGAUGACUUAAAUCUGCGUAAUAAAGCCUUAGCCUCAACUUUAAAAGUAACUGAUUGGGGUGGAUUUUGUGAUAAAUUUGGAAUUGAAAGUACCAGUAAAAGUAAAACAGGGAAAAUUGUUGAAAAAUUUAGACCUGCCACUAAAAAGAUCAACGUGCAAAUUAAUAAAGACCGAAGAACUGAUACUACAUCUUCAUCAAAGACUGAUUUUUCCACCGAUACUAUGCAAUUUGGUGAUUGGUUAACACUGAAAUAUUCUGCCGAGAUAAAACUGAAAGCAUUUAUGGAGAAAAUUUUGAGAAAAGAAUAUGAUGAUCUAUGGGACAAAAUCUUUAAAAUUAAUUUCUCAAAUUGUUCGUUGUUUGAAAUAAUUCGAUGUCUUAAACACGGCUGGCUUGGAACAUUCAGUGAUAUUUUUAACCGGGAUAAAGAAGUUUAUCAGACUAUCGAGACAAUGUUUGAACUUUUGAAAACUGAAAAGAACACCAAUGAAUUGACAACCUUAAUUCAUAAUUUCUUACAAUUAGUUGAUAAAAUCGAAGAAAAACUCGACAAAUUUUGUGAUUCAAGCCUGACAAAGGAGAAAAUCUCUCAAAAAUCUUGAUAAUUACUGUUACAUUUUGUGCAUUAUAAAUUUCCAAAAAUAGUUUAUCUGUGGAUAUUGGAGAUAACGAAAAUUACUCCCAUGUUGUUAUUAAGUGGACUUAUAAAGAUAAACUUAUCAAAUAAGAUAUAUGUUUUCCAUGUUUACCAGUCUUUCAAAUAUUGUGAUAUUCUUGAGAAAUCAAAUGUAUUCAUGGACAAAUGAUUAAAAUACAGAAUUUUUGUAUUUUUGUACAUGCAAA